ACACCACACAGGGAAUUUUGAUUUCUUCUGGAGAACCAGGGAAGAAAAAAAAAAAAAAAAAAGACAGGAAAACUCAUCUGGAGAUUGUGAAGAAGACAUAUAGUAAUAGCAAGAAGUGGCAAGCUCUUUCCUUCUUGAACGCCGAAAAACACCUCAUUUCUCUGCCAGGUGUAUGGGACUUAGAUUCUGGAAGCACUGCACUGAACUGUUAAAGGUAAACUAUGACCACUUUACUAUUAGUGUUUGUGUGUUUGCGAGUCAUCACCACAGCCGUCUCUGUGGAGCCCUCAGACAGUAGUGAUGGCCUGGAAGUGAAGAUACCUGAGCAGUCUCCGCUGCGUGUUGUCCUGGGAAGCUCCCUGAACAUUCCCUGCUACUUCAACAUCCCAGAGGAACAGGAUACCAGUGUUCUGCUGACCCCACGGAUCAAAUGGAGCAAACUCUCAAAUGGGACCGAAGUUGUCUUGCUAGUGGCCACUGGUGGGAAAAUCCGGCUCAACACUGAGUACAGGGAGGCAAUCUCUUUGCCCAAUUACCCUGCCAUCCCCACUGAUGCCACCUUGGAAAUCAAGGCACUGAGAUCCAACCACACUGGGAUUUAUCGCUGUGAAGUGAUGUACGGGAUUGAGGACAGACAAGACACAAUAGAGGUCCUAGUGAAAGGCAUCGUAUUCCACUACAGAGCAAUCUCCACAAGGUACACCUUGAACUUCGAGAAAGCAAAGCAGGCCUGUAUCGAGAACAGUGCUGUCAUUGCUACUCCAGAGCAGCUGCAAGCUGCCUACGAGGAUGGGUACGAGCAGUGUGAUGCUGGCUGGCUGGCUGAUCAGACUGUCAGGUACCCCAUCCACUGGCCUCGGGAGCGCUGCUAUGGCGACAAGGAUGAAUUUCCAGGAGUGAGGACCUACGGUGUCCGUGAGCCAGAUGAAACCUAUGAUGUUUACUGCUAUGCAGAGCAAAUGCAAGGUAAAGUCUUCUAUGCCACCGCCCCUGAGAAGUUCACCUUCCAAGAAGCUUUCGACAAAUGCCACAGUUUGGGAGCCCGUUUGGCCACCACAGGAGAGCUGUACUUGGCCUGGAAGGACGGCAUGGACAUGUGCAGCGCAGGCUGGCUGGCCGAUCGCAGCGUCCGCUACCCCAUUUCCAGAGCACGGCCCAACUGUGGAGGAAACCUGGUGGGCGUGCGGACAGUGUACCUGUACGUCAACCAGACGGGGUACCCUCACCCCCACUCUCGCUACGAUGCCAUCUGCUAUAGUGUGGACGACAUUGAGAUUCCAGUCCCAUGGAAUUUCAUAAACGAGACAGAAAGUGAUCUGGGCAGCACUUUCACUGUCCAGACUGUCACCCAGACCGAAGUGGAGAUACCUCUGGCACGCAACGCCACAGAGGAGGAGGCCCGCGGCAGCAUUGCCACCCUGGAGCCCAUUGAGAUCACACCUACUGCCACAGAGCUGUACGAGGGCUUCACUGUCCUGCCCGAUCUCUUCGCCACCGGUGCCACAGUAGAGACAGCUACCCCAGAGGAGGAGAACGUGACCAGGAGGGAAGUCACAGGGUUGUGGGCUGUACCUGAAGAGGUCACCACCACAGCCUUAGGCACUGCUGUCACCACUGAAAUGGCAGAGGUGAGCUCAGUGGAAGAGGUCAUGGGUGUGACUGCCACACCAGAACUAGAGUCUGCCUCAGCGUUCACAGUGGAAGACCAGCUCGUACAAGUGACAGCAGCCCCUGGUGUUGGUCUCCUCCCUGAGCAGUCCAUCUCACCCACAGGUGUGGUGUUUCACUAUCGCGCUGCCACCAGCAGAUACGCCUUCUCCUUUGUCCAAGCCCAGCAGGCCUGCCUGGAGAACAACGCGGUUAUUGCCACUCCCGAACAGCUCCAGGCUGCCUACGAGUCUGGCUUUGACCAGUGCGAUGCUGGCUGGCUGCGGGACCAGACAGUCAGGUAUCCUAUUGUGAAUCCCCGAAGCAACUGCGUAGGAGACAAAGAGAGCUCUCCGGGUGUGAGGUCAUACGGCAUGCGCCCAGCCUCAGAGACCUACGACGUGUACUGCUACAUUGACAGGCUCAAGGGCGAGGUGUUCUUCGCAACCCAGCCAGAGCAGUUCACCUUCCCAGAAGCUCAGCAGUACUGUGAGAGCCAAAAUGCCACACUGGCCUCUGUUGGCCAGCUCCACGCUGCCUGGAAGCAGGGCCUGGACAGAUGCUACGCUGGGUGGUUAGCUGAUGGCAGCCUCCGCUAUCCCAUUGUGAGCCCCCGUCCCGCCUGUGGUGGGGAUGCGCCUGGCGUGAGAACCAUCUACCAGCACUACAACCAGACGGGCUUCCCCGACCCGCUGUCCCGACAUCAUGCCUUCUGCUUCCGAGCUCUGCCACCCGCAGAGGAUGGGGUCACUUCAUUCUUUGAAGAAGACGUGCUGGCAACCCAAGUGAUCCCUGGAGUGGAGGGGGUGCCCUCUGGGGAGGAGGUGACUGUGGAGACAGAAUUUGCCACUCAACCUGAGAAUCAGACAGCCUGGGGGACAGAGGUCUUUCCAACUGAUGUGUCACUGCUCUCAGUGAGUCCACCUGCUUUUCCUCCAGCUACCAUAAUACCAGAGGAAACAAGUACCAAUGCUUCCAUCAGCAAAGUGUCAGGGGAAGUGACUGAGUCUGGAGAACCUCAAGUCAGUGGUGAAUCUUCGGCAUCCGGGUGGGUAUCUGGAGUCCUGGAUACAAGUGGAGAACCGACUUCUGGAGGUUUUGUAUUUAGUGGAGAACACUCAGGGACUGGAGAAAGUGGAUUACCAUCAGUAGACCUGCAUAUCAGUGGCUUUCCACCUGGAGAAAGUGGGCUACCCUCAGGGGACCUGAGUGGCAUGCCUUCUGGCACUGUUGACAUCAGUGGCUUACCUUCUACAGAAGAUGAUGUAUUGGUGCCUAUUUCAAGGAUACCAGAAACUAGUGGGAUGCCAUCUGGAGUGGAAAGCAGUGGGCUGCCUUCUGGAUUUAGCGGAGAAAUAUCUGGCACUGGGAUAGUCAGUGGCGUGUCAUCUGGAGAGGAAAGUGGACUCACCUCCGGUUUUCCUACCAUCUCUCUUGUGGAUACCACACUGGUGGAAGUUGUAACAACAGCACCAGAAUGGCAAGAGGAAGGAAAAGGAUCCAUCGGGGUCAGCGGUGAAGGAGAUCUGUCAGGGUUCCCAUCCACGGGGUGGGACACCAGCGGUGGAGCUCAAGGGUUACCCUCAGGAGCUGAGCUCAGUGGGGAACCAUCUGGUAUGCCUGAGCUCAGUGGGGAACCUUCUGGGGUGCCUGAGCUCAGUGGGGAGCUUUCUGGGGUGCCUGAGCUCAGCGGAGAGCCCUCCGGAGGUCCUGAGCUCAGCGGGGAGCCCUCCGGAGGUCCUGAGCUCAGCGGAGAGCCCUCAGGACUGGAUGUGAGUGGAGAACCAUCUGGAACACAUGAUAUCAGUGGCCUGGUAGACCUAAGUGGCCUUACCUCUGGUAUCGAUGGAAGCGGUGAAGGCUCGGGCAUUACAUUUGUAGAUACCAGUUUGGAGGAAAGGACAACCACCUUCUCAAUUACGGGAGCAGAAGCAAAAGAGAUUUUAGAAAUCAUUGGAUUGCCUUCGGGAGGUGAAGAUGCAUCAGGCAUGGUAUCUGGGAGUUUAGACAUCAGUGGUGAGACUUCUGGGCAUGUAGACUUUGGUGGGAGUGCUUCUGGCGUGCUCGAGAUGAGCGGACAUCUGACUGGAGUGAUUGACAGCAGUGGAGAAGUCUCUGGAGUCGAUGUCACCAGUGGCCUACUGUCUGGGGAGGAAAGUGGACUCACCUCUGGCUUUUCCACAGUCUCUCUUGUGGACACCACUUCGGUGGAAGUCGUAACACAGGUGUCAGUUGUACAAGAAGUGGGAGAAGGAUCAUCUGGGAUAAUAGAAAUCAGUGGAUUUCCUUCUGGAGACAGAGGACUAUCUGGAGAAGGGUCUGGAGCCAUGGAGAUUAGUGGGUUUCCCUCAGGGACAGGAGACUUCAGUGGAGAGCCAUCUGGGAUCCCAUACAUCAGUGGAGACGUUUCUGGAGCCACAGAUCUAAGUGGACAAUCUUCAGCAGUGACUGAUAUUAGUGGGGAGGCUUCAGGGCUUCCAGAAGUCACUUUAGUCACUUCUGACUUAGUAGAAGUUGUGACAAGACCAACAGUAUCACAGGAACUGGGUGGGGAAACCGCUAUCACAUUUCCCUACAGUUUUGGCCCAAGUGGUGAGGCCUCUGCAUCUGGUGAACUAAGUGGGGAAACAUCUGCAUUACCAGAAAGUGUCACAGAAACAUCAACAGCUUAUGAAACCAGUGGUGAAACAUCUGCAUUUCCCGAAACUAGUAUAGAAACAUCCACAACUCAAGAAAUCAGUGGGGAAACAUCUGCGUUUCCUGAAACUAGUGUAGAAACAUCCACAAUUCACAAAAUCAGUGAAGAGACAUCUGCAUUUCCUGAAAUUUUCAUAGAAACAUCCACAAGUCAAGAAGCCAGGGGUGAACCAUCUGGCUAUCCUGAAAUUAUCAUAGAAACAUCCACAAUUCAAGAAGUAAGUGGGGAAACCUCUGCAUUUCCUGAAAGUAGCACAGAAACAUCCGCAAGUCAAGACAUCAGUGGGGAAGCAUCUGCAUUUCCUGAAAUUAGAAUAGAAACAUCCACAAGUCAAGACAUCAGUGGGGAAACGUCUGCAUUUCCUGAAAUUAGAAUAGAAACAUCCACAAGUCAAGACAUCAGUGGGGAAACGUCUGCAUUUCCUGAAAUUAGAAUUGAAACAUCCACAAGUCAAGACAUCAGUGGGGAAACAUCUGCAUUUCCUGAAAUUAGAAUAGAAACAUUCACAAGUCAAGAGGCUAGGGGUGAAACAUCUGGCUAUCCUGAAAUUAGCAUAGAAACAUCCCCAGUCCAUGAAGCCAGUGGAGAAACAUCUGCAUUUCCUGAAAUCAGCAUAGAAACCUCGACAGUCCAUGAAAUCAGUGGUGAAAUGUCUGCUUUUCCUGAAAUUAGCAUAGAAACUUCAACAGUCCACGAAAUUAGUGGAGAAAGUUCUGCCUAUCCUGAAAUUAGAAUAGAAACAUCCACAAAUCAAGAAGCCAGGGGUGAAACAGCUGUCUACCCCAAAAUUAGCAUAGAAACAUCCACAGUCCAUGAAACCAGUGGGGAAACAUCUGCAUUUCCCGAAAUUGGCAUAGAAACUUCAACGAUGCGUGAAAUCAGUGGGGAAACCUCUGCAUUUCCUGAAAUUAGAAUAGAAACUUCAACAAGUCAAGAAGCCCAAGGCGAAACAUCUGCAUUCCCUGAGAUUAGCAUAGAAACUUCUACAAUCCAUGAAAUCAGCGGGGAAACAUCUGCGCUCCCCGAGAUUAGCAUAGAAACACCAAGUCAAGAGGCCAGGGGUGAAACAUCUGCCUACCCUGAAAUUAGCAUAGAAACAUCCACAGUUCAAGAAGUAAGUGGGGAAACCUCUGCGUUUCCUGAAAUUAGAAUAGAAACAUCCACAAGUCAAGAAUCCAGGAGUGAAACAUCUGCAUUACCUGAGACUAGCAUAGAAACAUCCCCAGUCCAUGAAACCAGUGGUGAAAUAUCUGCAUUUCCUGAAAUCAGCAUAGGAACGUCCACAGUCCACGAAACCAGUGAAGAAACAUCUGCAUUGCCUGCUGCUAACAUCAAAACAGCUGCCACAUCUUUGGCCGGUGGUGAGCCUUCUGGUGCUCCUGAGAAGGAAAUUCCUGAUGCGACAUCUGGAGCUGUGACACACUUAGUCACAGGCGUUUCAGGAGAAACCUCUGUCACAGAUGUUGUAAUUAGUACCAAUACUCCAGAUGUUGAAUCAACACAGGCACCCAGGAACCCUGAAGAGACUCAGCUUGAAAUAGAACCCUCCCCUCCCGCGGUGUUAGGACAAGAGACAGAGACAGCCGUUGUUCUAAACAAUCCCCAUCUGCUGGCUACCACUACUGCUGCCCUGCCUCAAAUCUCACAAGAAGCAAUAGAUGCAUUAGGACCCACUACAGAAGACACUGAUGAGUGCCACUCAAGCCCCUGUCUGAAUGGAGCUACCUGCGUUGAUGGCAUCGACUCUUUCAAAUGCUUAUGCCUUCCCAGCUACGGAGGGGACCUGUGUGAGAUCGACCUGGAAAAUUGUGAGGAAGGCUGGACCAAGUUCCAAGGCCACUGCUACAGGCACUUUGAAGAGAGGGAGACUUGGAUGGAUGCAGAGACCAGAUGCCGACAACAUCAAGCCCACCUGAGCAGUAUCAUCACCCCAGAGGAGCAAGAGUUUGUGAACAGCCACGCACAGGACUACCAGUGGAUCGGCCUCAGUGACAGAGCUGUGGAGAACGACUUUCGCUGGUCCGACGGGCACGCCCUGCAAUUUGAGAACUGGCGGCCCAACCAACCUGAUAACUUCUUCGCGGCGGGUGAGGACUGCACUGUGAUGAUCUGGCACGAGCAAGGCGAAUGGAAUGACGUUCCCUGCAACUAUCACCUCCCUUUCACCUGCAAGAAAGGAACAGUGGCCUGUGGGGACCCCCCUGUGGUGGAGAACGCCAGGACCUUCGGUCGAAAGAAGGACCGCUACGAAAUAAACUCCAUGGUGCGGUACCAGUGCAACCAAGGCUACAUCCAACGCCACGUGCCCACGAUUCGGUGCCAGCCCAACGGGCAGUGGGAGGAGCCGCGGAUAUCCUGCUUAAACCCCUCCAACUACCAGCGCAGGCUAUACAAGAGGAGCCCCAGGAGCCGGUCAAGACCCAGCGGCAGAGCCGUGCAGAGACCCACCCAUUAGAGCGGGGCAAGAGAGACCGAGGGGGAAAGUGAGAAAGAGAGAUUUUUAACAGAACAGUUAUAUUAACAGAGUCGAUUUCUUCUUCUUCUUGUUGCUUUUUUGUCAUAUAAGGAAAAAAAAAAAUUAUAUUAAAGACAAACCCACCUUUGUGUAUAUAUAUAAAAAAAAAAAAAAAAUUAAUGUUUUUCCAAGCACCAAAGCAAAGCGAAUUAGAUCUCAGCAUUCUUACUAACCGUCCGGUUCCAAUUAUCUUCGUGCCUUCGGGGACAGGGAGGGGGGUGGGUUUGCAGAGGGCAGGGGGUUAAGUUAAAUAAUAAAGAUGAUUAUUUUUUCCUGAUUUUAUGCACGAACAAUGUAAUUAUUUCUGUUAUUUAAUCUCCGGGGUGAACAGCACCUUUUGGGGUUUUAUUUUAUUUUUUUUUCUCCAGAAUCCUCCUACUGCUGCAGCGCAUCAGGGCGGGUGGGGAGGGCCGGGGGGCUGCAGUGGAAGGAGCUGUGGGAGGAGGGAGGCGAGGGGAUGCUGAGACCCGGGACCCGGGCACUGGGGGCUGUGGCCCCUCUCUGCUUCCCCACCGCCCCCCCUGCGGCACAGCACCCGUCCUGGGAUGAUGUGCUCUUUCCAGGGGACCGUGCGGGGCACCAGCGUUCCCUGCACCUAUUUAUAUUUUUGAACAUAUCCUAUUUUGAAAGAAUGAUAAAUAAUAAAGAGAGUGAAAUCGGAACGGGCACUUUGUCAGUGUUGGUUUUUUGGGGGAAGGGGGGUGUCUGUGUGGGCCUGGGGGUAUCUCCCAUGGCAAGGCAGCAGGGAAGGAAGGGGAGCCCAGACAGGGUGCUCCAGGCUACAUGGGACCAGCUCAGCCCCAGCCAGCACCCAAGAGUGCAGCCUUGGGUGUUUCCCAAGCCUCAACCAAAGGACCAUGGGGUAGGACGUCACCCCCCUGUACAGCUCUUGCCCCGGGAAGGGGUUAACCCACAUGCCUAAAACCCACUGCCAGCAGAAACUGCUUCACCUCCAGCUUUCUGUCCUGACACCCAGGGGGUUAAUUAACACUCAUUAAUGAGGGAGCAAGGGGGCCCUUGCAGGAGCUCGGGUGUCCAGCCAGGGAUCCCCAAGUUCCCUCUCGUUGGCAGACCCCUCUCGUGCUGGCACAGCGAUGGGGACACAGCCACAUUGCUCCAGGGCUUUCUCCACUGAUUUAUUAGAAGAGGUCCAGGAAAAUACAACUUUUCAUAACCUAACGCUCAAAGAAGAAGGCACCAGAGUUCAAGUGGCGUCCGGGCGAGGUGUGCGUGGAGAUAAGGCACUGGCACCCCUGUGAGGACAGGCACAAUGUCAUCCUUCAGUGGGAUGGGGACAGGGCUGGAAGAGGAGCUGGGAUGCAACAGAGGCACCCGCUCUCUGCCUCCGGUCGAAUCCAGCCUUGCCUCGCUCCCACCUGGCGAGCUCAGGGGCAGGACCAGCCUGGAAGGGCAGGCGGGUGUCGGUGACAUGCUGCCACCGCGGGAAGGGGCCACCACCCACGGGGUGGCAGGGGCCAAGCAGGGUGGCAGCAGCCCACGGGAAUCGUCCUCGCGUGCACCCCAUGCCAGGGAUGGUCCCGCACUGCCCCGCGCAGCUGCGUGUGCUGGCUGCUGAGCAAGAUGUGGAAAAUAUAAAGGAAGGAAAUAAAAUAAAACAAAAAGAA